AAAUUUAUCGCGUACAUGUGUCGAAGUACUUCAUCCCACACUGACUUCUGAUCUCUAAACACGAGAGCAAACACUCUAGCGAAGUCAUCGUUCAAUGGGUUUCAUGAUUCGAAGUGUUGUCUUGGGAUUGAUUCUGCACUCUCUGAUCGUUGCUGGAGAAUUUUUUAAGCCGUUCAAUGUGAGCUAUGAUGGCCGAGCAAUGAUCAUUGAUGGUGAGCGGCGGAUUCUAAUCUCCGGUGGAAUUCACUAUGCUAGAGCCACUCCUGAAGUGUGGCCUGAUCUGAUUUCGAAGAGCAAAGAAGGUGGAGUGGAUGUUAUUGAAACAUAUUUAUUUUGGAAUGUCCACGAACCAGUGAGGGGACAGUAUGUCUUCGAAGAAAGAUAUGAUCUUGUGAAGUUCGUAAAGCUAGUGGGGUCCAGUGGGCUCUAUUUAUUUCUUCGGAUAGGUCCUUAUGCUUGUGCAGAGUGGAAUUUCGGGGGCUUUCCUGUUUGGCUUCGUGAUAUACCUGGAAUUGAAUUUCGAACAGACAACACCCCCUUCAAGAUCGAGAAUGAGUAUGGCAAUAUUGAAAGCUCCUAUGGCCCUAAAGGACAUGACUAUAUGAUAUGGGCUGCCAAAAUGGCCAGUGGACUUGGUGCUGGUGUUCCAUGGGUUAUGUGCAAGCAAGUUGAUGCACCAGAAAACAUAAUAGAUACCUGCAAUGGAUACUAUUGUGAUGGUUUCAGACCAAAUUCCAAUACGAAGCCAGUGAUUUGGACAGAGAACUGGGAUGGAUGGUACACAAAUUGGGGUGACAAAGUUCCCCAUCGUCCCUGUGAAGAUAUCGCGUUUGCAGUUGCCAGAUUUUUCCAGCGUGGUGGAAGCUUUAUGAAUUAUUAUAUGUACUUUGGUGGAACAAAUUUUGGUCGAACUGCGGGAGGCCCAAAUAUUAUUACUAGCUACGAUUAUGACGCUCCCAUUGAUGAAUAUGGUCUUUUAAGACAGCCCAAAUGGGGACAUCUGAAAGAUCUGCAUGCUGUUAUAAAGCUUUGUGAGCCUGCUCUCGUUGCUGUUCUUUCGCCUCAGUAUAUCAAACUAGGACCAAAGCAGGAGGCCCACGUUUACAGCGAUAAAGGAAGAAAAUGCUCAGCAUUUCUUGCCAAUAUUGAUGAGCUUAGUUAUGCUGCAGUGAAAUUCCGCAAUUUUACAUACAUUUUACCUCCGUGGUCUGUGAGUAUAUUGCCCGAUUGCAGAAACGUUGCCUUUAACACAGCUAAGAUUGGGGUGCAGACUUCAAUUAAUAGUCAUGGCUCUGAUGCAGCUUCUUAUGUAAAUGAUCCUCUAAAUAUGAAAGAAUUGUAUAAAGUUGCUUAUAUUUCAAAAAACUGGAGUGUCUUUAUGGAGCCAAUUGGUGUGUGGGGUAGCAGUAGCUUCACAUAUCAAGGCAUUCUGGAGCAUUUGAAUGUGACAAAGGAUGAGUCUGAUUACCUGUGGUAUACAACCAGAAUAUAUAUUUCUCAUGAGGACAUCAAAUUUUGGGAAGAAAAUCAAGUUAGUCCUGUGCUUACCAUUGACAGCAUGCGUGAUUUGGUCUAUAUUUUUGUCAAUGGAGAAUUUACAGGUAGUGCUAAAGGUAAAUGGAUAGAGGUAGUUCAGCCUGUUGAUCUUAUUCAAGGAUAUAAUGAGAUCACGCUGUUAUCUCAAACAGUGGGGUUGCAGAACUAUGGUGCGUUCCUCGAGAAGGAUGGGGCAGGUUUCAGGGGUCAAAUAAAGAUUAAAGGCUGUAAAAAUGGUGAUCUUGAUAUCACAGAUUACAACUGGACAUACCAGGUAGGGCUCAAGGGAGAGUUCCUCAAGAUAUAUGACAUUAGUGCAAGUGCUGAAUGGACCAAAUUGCAACCUGACUCAGUUCCGACCAGAUUUUCUUGGUACAAGACAUAUUUUGACGUCCAUUAUGGAUUAGAUCCUGUUGCCCUUGAUAUGAGUAGCAUGGGAAAAGGUCAGGUAUGGGUAAAUGGAAACCACAUUGGAAGAUAUUGGACUCUGAAUGCUCCCAAGGAUGGAUGUGAAACAUGCGAUUAUCGUGGGGCUUAUGGUCCUGAAAAGUAUCAUAUACCAAGAUCAUGGUUACAGGCGUCAAACAAUCUGCUCGUAGUCUUUGAGGAAACUGAAAAAAAUCCAUUCGACAUAUCCAUAAAGUCACAUUUCACAGAGACUAUUUGUGCUCAAAUGUCAGAAGAUCAUAAUCCUCCUCUGCAUGCCUGGUCGCUACCAAAGUCCAGCAAUGGAUCAAUUAUGGUGAAUAAUGCAAUACCUGAAAUGCACUUGAAUUGUGAUUCUGGAUACAAGAUCUCUCGUGUUGAGUUUGCAAGCUAUGGAACUCCCCAGGGCAGCUGUAGGAAUUUUUCAAGAGGCAAUUGCCAUGCAGCCAAUUCAUUUGCAGUAGUGCAUCAGGCUUGUGUGGGAAGACAAAGUUGUUCCAUCAUCAUAUCAAACAACGCAUUUGGAGGAGACCCAUGUCGUGGUAUCGUGAAGACUUUAUCUGUCGAGAUGAAAUGCUCUCCAAUUUCAGCUACUGGCUUGGGCAGUAAUGAAAUGAUUAUCUCGACCUCUAUCUCUUCUUUUUAGAUCAAUCUUGGUGCUUCCUUUUGUCAAAAGGCCAGGUGUGGUCUUCAGCUCAUCUAUGAAGAGAGAUUUUUUUUUUUCCCUUUCAUUAUAUUCGUCAUUCUAUCUAUAUACUAUCUAUCUAUCUAUGUAUUAUAAAAGGACGAAUGUUGGGAAAAAAAAAAUGUGUGUUACUUAAAAGCCGUUUAUACGUGGUGUGUUAAUACCUAUAUGAUUGUAUUGAAAAUUUGUGUCUAAGAUAUUUCAUGAAUAAAUGUAAAAUAUCAGAAAUUAUAUAGAAGAAAAAACUGUUUUUUUUUUAUUAUUA